AUGUCUUCUUCUCUCGAACAGCUCAAGGCCACUGGCACCGUUGUCGUUUGCGACUCUGGUGACUUCGCCACCAUUGGCAAGUACAAGCCCGAGGAUGCCACCACCAACCCCUCCCUGAUCCUGGCUGCUUCCAAGAAGCCCGAGUACGCCGCCCUCAUCGACACUGCCAUUGCCUACGGUAAGCAGAAGGGCGGCACCCUCGAUGAGCAGGUUGAGGCCACCCUUGACCGCCUCCUCGUCGAGUUCGGCAAGGAGAUCCUCAAGAUCAUCCCCGGCAAGGUCUCCACCGAGGUCGACGCCAAGCUGUCCUUCGACACCCAGGGCUCCAUCAACAAGGCCCUCGAGAUCAUCAAGCUCUACGAGGAGAACGGUAUUUCCAAGGACCGCAUCCUGAUUAAGAUUGCCUCCACCUACGAGGGUAUCAAGGCCGCCCACAUCCUGCAGUCCCAGCACGGCAUCAACUGCAACCUGACCCUCAUGUUCUCCCUGGUCCAGGCCAUCGCCGCCGCCGAGGCCGGUGCCUUCCUCAUCUCUCCCUUCGUCGGCCGUAUCCUUGACUGGUACAAGGCCGCUCACAAGCGCGACUACACCGCCCAGGAAGACCCCGGUGUCAAGUCCGUCCAGGACAUCUUCAACUACUACAAGAAGUUCGGCUACAACACCAUCGUCAUGGGUGCCUCUUUCCGUAACGUCGGCGAGAUCACCGAGCUGGCUGGUUGUGACUACCUGACCAUUGCCCCCGCCCUCCUGGAGGAGCUCUACAACUCCACCGACGCUGUGCCCCAGAAGCUCAACGCUGCUGAUGCCCACAAUUUGGACAUUCAGAAGCGCGAAUACCUUAACGAUGAGGCUUCCUUCCGCUUCGACUUCAACGAGCAGGCCAUGGGUGUUGAGAAGCUCCGUGAGGGUAUCUCCAAGUUCGCCGCUGACGCCGUUACCCUCAAGCAGCUCCUUGCCCAGAAGAUCCAGGCUUAA